AUGGAGUGUGCCGACGCCGAGUUCCUCGCGGAGAAAACGCUGGUUAGCGUUAUUCCCACAUUCAGUGCGGAGAAGCUCUACCUAAUCACCGGCGACGUCGGUCCAUUCGCAGCGGGCACUCCGCUCAACGUUCCCCUUUGGAUGGCCCUCAACCUAAAGCAGAGACAGCAGUGUCGAAUUUUGCCGCCGGCCUGGCUUUGCAAGGAGUUUCUCGAGGAUAAGAAGCAGGACGAGAUGGACUCGGCGGUCUUCACUGAAAUGCCGUGCGAACACUACUUGGAGGUGACGCAGAUGCUGUUCGAUGUCGCCGCUGCCGACAUUCCGGACGCCAGCGAAGUGCGGACACUGGUGAAGGACAUCUGGGACAUCCGGCAGGCCAAGCUGCGCAGCUCGGUGGACGCUUUCGUCAAGAGUGAUGAGGUGCACGCCCGGGUCGAUCACCUGACCGUGAUGGAGAUCGUUACCGUCCGCCGUCUCUUCUGUGGUGCUCUCAAUCACCUCAACAAGCUGCGCCAGGGACCGUGUGAUGGGGCACCACCAUUGUCACAAAGCCAAACAUUCUAGGUGCUGUCACGCAAGAGUGUAUGAGACAAGUCAAGCUUUAUUUUUGC